AUGAUUGUCAACUUCAUGAUCUGGGAAUGUCUGGGUGGCCGAUUUACGUGGGAGAAAGGUCAUGGUACGGAGGCAUGGGUGGAGGAAAGGUUAGACAGGGCGGUGGCAACGAUGGAUUGGGUGGAGUUGUACGAGGACGCAGCAGUGCGUAAAGUGUUUAUAGUAGAAUCAGACCACAGCGCCAUUCUCCUCGACCUCGAGACGCGACCAAUACGCUCAGUCAGGUAUUCCUUUAAAUUCGAAUCUGCCUGGCUCCUCGAUGCGGGUUGUGCGAAAGUGGUGGAAUCGGCGUGGAGUCAAACGAUUGGCUUGGAUUUUCAACAGCGUAUUGGUAUCUGUGGUCAACAACUGAGAGGAUGGGGUGGGGAUCAUGCCAGAAAGUUUGGUAAUCGUAUAAAGCUUUUGCGUCAUCGGCUGGCAGAGUUGAAAGAGAACAGGUCGGUGCAGGCAGUUCGGGAGUUUCUAGAGGCGGAAAUUGAGCUCGAAAACUUGUUGAGGCAAGAAGAAUUGUUUUGGCUUCAGCGAUCAAAACAACUCUGGUUGAAACAUGGGGAAGCCAAUAAUAAAUUUUUUCAUAAGGCGGCCUCUGCACGUAGAAGUCGGAACACGCUUUUGAGAAUCAAAGAUUAG